CAACAACUCUGCGGCACUUAAAUCGCACUUUUUUAUGGUGUUUGGGUUUGGGAACCUACUUAAAGACGAAGAUACGUCCCAAAAGGCUUCGCAAAACAAAGAAUAAAUAUUCUCGAGUGUAUUUAGACGUGCACAUCACAGCCAAACCAACUGAUUAUUGCCAAAAUAAAGCUUACUUUGGCCAACUUUGGCCAAUUAUUGGGAUUUAAUAGACACUUGACGACUUGUAUGGGGAAUAAGAGGUAAGAAUCUAUCGAGCUAGGGAGCUCAUUUAGCCUUGUCAAUUUGUCGCGAUAUUUGUUCUAGUUAAUAUUUGUGUUAUAUACUGACGUUUUAGACGUGCACAUGUGAGAAUUUGUAAGGUUAUAAAACAAAAAAUCAGAAAUAUAAUUUUUCCUCUAUCAAUUCUAUACAUUGCCGCCAUUUUGAAUUUAUUUAAUUUGCGCUCUGCACGCAUGCUUUUCCGCCAUACUGUAUUGGAUUUCUAGCCCGAAAAAAUCGUGAGACUUAGGAAUUUUCAGGUUCGCUCAUUAAUAUGACCAGGGUUAACUUUAACAACACUAGAAAAUAAUAGAUAUUCAAUCUUAUGAAAGUAUGCACUUAUAUUUUGUUAACAUAACCGUAAAUGCAAGGCUUAUUAAAAAUAGGCUGUUUUUUCUUUAUGGCUUUAGUAGCUUCCAGUGUCAGUACGAAUUCCUUGGAAAUAUAACGCAAUAUCUGUACAAAAACAAGAAAUCUACGAGUAAUAUUAAGACUAGCAGGACAAUAAACUUAGCAGGACGCGCCUUUUACUUUGUAACACAAACAUCACGCAUACAAAAUUCUGGCGUUGUACAUUGCGCAUUAUUAAUACACUAAUAAAGUGUGAUGUUUCCUUGGAAGAAUGUGACUAGAUGUUGCGCUCUUCGAUGAUUUCAUAAGUUCCGAAAAUCGUGAGAUUUGGGGACUUAAUCGUGAGAUCGUGAGAAAGCAUCAAAAAUCGUGAGUCUCACGAUUAAAUCGUGAGACUUGGCAGGUCUGCUGAAUGGGCAAACCAACCUCUCUUAAGCUGACAGAUUGUCUGAUAAAAUGUAUUCAAUAUUCGACAAUAAAUAACAAUUGAGAUCAAUUUACAUGGCAUAUUGACAGUGACACACCAACUUGGCGAAAACAUCAGAGCCAAGAUUAUUGAGGAAGUGACGAAUGAGGACGGAGGACUGAGCCGCCAGCCAAGCCGAAAGAUAUGUGUCAGAUCACUGAUGAUAACGAACUGGACAAAAAAGAUGUAUUUGACUGGUCUCUUAAAACGAACCAGUCAUUAAAUCUUCCUCCGAAGCCCCUAACGCUGUCGAGUGGCUGGCAGAAUUCGCACAAUUUCGAGGUUUGGAAGAACUUUCGAACGUCAUUUUUAUGUAAAUGACAUUUAUAUAAUGGCUAUCGUCUGCAUGAGCCUCGAAAGCAAACUUGUAUCGAUUCCUUUUUUAUAUGACUGUGAGAGACGUAUACAUUUUGUAAUGAACUUUUAUGCACAAAGAAUUUUUCAUUUUAUGCUAAUUAUUUGCUAGAUAUUUUUUACUGUUUUGAUACUCAAAUUACACCUAAUUACACACCUUUGCCUCCUGCUUUGUUUUUCUACAUACCCCUUUUAAGCGGACACCCCUUUUAAGCGGACACUCCUUUUAAGCGGACACUUAGGCGAGGUCCCAAAGGUGUCCGCUUAAUAGGGGUUCGACUGUAGCUGUAAGCGAAUACAUACAGUACAGCGAUCAUAUAGCGCGUGCUGUCAAGAAUAGCAUGUUAAACUAUAAAUUUCUACGUUGCUAUUCUUUAGGAUUUUUUGCCGAAACUUUAUCUCCUCUUUCCAAUGAUUAUUUAACCUUAGGUUGCUCAGCCUCAGGCCUGUAAACAAUCGAAAUGCGGCCGCAAACUGUACGGUAUUACCUGUAAGCUUCUGUAAGUGAAUAUACAUAUGUAUAUUGCGCGCUCGCUGUCAGGAAUUGCAUGUUAAACUAUUUACAGCGGUCUUACACAGGCUAUAAAAGGAGACCACCAUGAAUACAUUAGUUCGAUCAGAGAGCGAAAGAGUGAAGUGCAGCGGGAUGUCUUCAACAUGGUCAAGAUACUCUGAUGCUCAAGCCAGUGCAUUGGUUCCUCGAAUACCGCAAUCACCAGUUGCUGCAAUGGCUACUAUUCUGCAAAAACCCCAGCAAGAUGUUCCAGUUGCUGCUGAGCCUGAUAUGCUGCUAAUUGAGGUUUUGUUUCAUGUUUAUUACUGAUUUUUAAUGCCCCAAUGUCCGCUUGACUGCCCCUCCUAUUUUGACGAGCGUACGUGUGUAAUUGCUUUUAUUCCAGCGAAAACAACGCUAGGCGUGGCUGUCUAGGUCGCUUUUCCUAUUGCCUACGGUUAACUGUUUCGUUUGGUUGUCGGUCGUUCUUGGCUAUCUUUCGUAUUCGUAUGCUAGGUUGACUCGUUGUUUUAUGCGUUCAAUUUUAGCGUGGUUCGAUUCGGCUUUUGUUUGCUUUCCGUACUUAUAUUUCGCUCGCGUUUUGUUUUACCAACGAUCUUUCGGCCGUUUUAUCUUAUCAAUUUCGUUUGUUUUUCUUUGAAAUUUGCCUGCAAUCAUGCGUGUUUAUUGGUGCUUGUACAGUAUUUCUUUUAUUUUCCCGUAUCGUACGGUGUUUGUUCUUAAUGUUUGGUUUUUUUUUCUUCUUCCCUUUGAGCAGGUAUAUUUGUUCAUACGUUUAUAUUUGUUCAUAAUUCAUAUGACCGUUGGUCCAGGCGUUUUUCUUUGUUUUUUGCCUUCCUUGUAUAUGAUCAAUUUGUGCUUUUAGCGUAUACUUGUAUAAUGUUUGGCGUUUUCUGCCUUGGAACCGGUAUAUUUGUUCAUACGUUUAUAUUUGUUCAUAAUUUAUACAUGUCUCAGGCGUUUUCUUUGUUUAUCGCCUUCCUUUGCAUGUACAUGAUCAAUUUGUGCUUUUAGCAUAUACUUAUAUAAUGUUUGGCGUUUUCUGCCUUUGAACCGGUAUAUUUGUUCAUACGUUUAUGUUUGUUCAUAAUUUAUAUGACCGUCGGUCCAGGCAUUUGUUUUUCGUCUUCCUUGUACAUGAUCAAUUUGUGCUUUUCCAUAUUACUUAUACAUGAGUAUGGUGGCCCAUUGCUGCCACUCAAAUUUUACUCAUAUCUUUUUUUCUGAAUUAAUAAAAAGUGUUUUAAAUUAAAAUUAAAAUACAUUUACAAUAAAAAAAUAAAGUAAAAAAUAAUAAUUAUCAUUUUCAUUUACAAACGUAAAUGAAAAUUGAAUAAGAAAUGAAGUUAAAAGCAAAAUAAAACACAAAUCAAAGUAAAAUUAAAAUUCUCCAAAGCCUAUCGCUGCCACAGUACACCAUGAUGCUUUGCGCGCGUCAGUGUUUUCACGUCAGUGUUUCCAUGGGAUUUUCAUUACCAAAAAGAAAUACCGUCAAUAUGUGGAAGCACUUGUACAAGAUGGCGGCUCUCUGUGAUGCUUCUUGGAAAGACGAUGAGGAAUUAAAAGAGAAACUAGUUCAGUAUCCCCACCUAAAAAUUGUGUUGGAUGUCUUGGAUCCAUCCCUGGCAUAACAUAACAUAGCCAUGUUAGUCAUAACAUAACAUAACAUAACAGGCAUAACAUAACAGUCAUAACAUUCAUAACAGUCUUACUGUGCACUAGCUGUCCACUUUAUGAUUGUGGUUUAUUCAGGAGUAUUUUCAAAUUCUGUUAAACCAACAAGUUCACAAUAAAUGUUGCAAUUAUGCUCUCUCACAAAUGUGGUUAUUGCACUGAAUGUUUCCUGUUGAAAAGAGGUACUCGUCAUCCUCUUGCAAUUCAUAUGAGGCAAUUUCCGGGUUGAAUAACUUAUGGCUGCUGCCCUGGAUAUCAACCACCAUCAGCUUCUCAUCGGAUCUCACAUAGGAAUAAUGAGACAAGCUCUCAGCUUUCAUGCGGAUGUAGGUUGAAGUGCCACAAAGAGUUCCAUCUUUAUUGAUGUACUUGUCAAAGCUUCCUUUAACAAACUCUUCAACAGUAACAAAUUCACCAUCAUCCAUCUUUCCCAGGUAAAUAUUGUUGUAAGACAUAAACUCACCAUACACCUCUUCAUUAUUUCGCUUGCACACCUCUUGCUGGAGCUGCUUGGCAAAGUUUCGUGCAAGUAGGUGCAUUUUCACCACCUUCCUUGUGUGCUGCUCGGCAGUCUGAUUUGUCGCCUUAAUAUUCUCCAACGCAUUUGCUAAAUACUUCUUGACUACCCAAGUGGAAGUGUUGAAGUCAUCUCGACGACUUGUUGCAGAGAAUGCUUCACGAAAGCCCCCUACACCGAUUACCACUGGGUUUAUAACAAACUCAACACAACGAAAUUCAGGAGACCACUCCAUCUGAUUUAUAUCAAAACUUGACAGUUCAAUAAUGGUGGAUGGUUUUUCUUUUAUCACUUUGCCCAGUUUCAACAUAUCUACCACAGACAAACUUUUUGGGAAAGUGCAACUUGACUUAACGGAGGUUGAUCGUGCAGGUUGUUGUGGUUGGAGGGAAAUUGGAUGGGUACGUCUUCUUUUUAUAGGUAGCCUUGUAGAUUUUUCUUUCGAGUAGACUUCCAACUGUGGUGACUGUGUCUGCGAAUCUACUUCAGCUUUCUCAAUAAUCCUCAAAUGGAUUACUUUCAGAUUGGGGAUUUGCUCUAGCGAUUGACAUGAUGGCCCUUGCUCCCCUGCCAGUAUAUCGCAGCAUGUAUUAUCCUUUAAUUUGGACUUGAAGAAUCUCUCGCAAGCUGCCUUGAUAUUGUCAAAGGUGACCUCGACGUAGUGGAAGGGCACAAAUACCCUCGGUCCCAUCCUCGAAUACUUUUGUGCUUUACCACAAACUUCAGAUGAAAGUUGUUGCACCACAAUUUCAUCUUUAAUCCAGUCGAACUUUUUUGUAUUACUUGUCUUUUUGCUAUUCUUUUUUUCUUUCAUUGCAGUCUUGAAUUCUUUCCAUGCGGCGGCCAUCUUGAAUACAAAUGACGGAUAGCACGUGGAAACACUGACGCGCGCAAAGCAUCAUGGUGUACUGUGGCAGCGAUAGGCUUUGGAGAAUUUCAAUUUUACUUUGAUUUGUGUUUUAUUUUGCUUUUAACUUUAUUUCUUAUUCAAUUUUCAUUUACGUUUGUAAAUGAAAAUGAUAAUUAUUAUUUUUUAGUUUAUUUUUUUAUUGUAAAUGUAUUUUAAUUUUAAUUUAAAACACUUUUUAUUAAUUCAGAAAAAAAGAUAUGAGUAAAAUUUGAGUGGCAGCGAUGGGCCACCAUACAUGAGUAUUUAUUUGUGUUUUGAGCUCGUAUAUUUGGUUGACGCUUUAAUGGGCCCACUGGUCCGGGUAGCCAUUUGAGUUUUUCUUCGUGUGCAUGAUGCUUGGGCAAUUAUAAGCACGUUUUAUUGUUUUCUUUGUUUAAUUUAUGUGCAUGUUUCAUGCUUUGUUCUCUUUUUUUGUCUGUUUCAAUCUGUUUACACCUUCGCUCAGCAUGACAUUCAGCUUAGGGGAGCCUUUAGUUUUUCCCAUGGCGGUGCUGGGGGAGUUCCUUAUGACUCUCUCGGAUUACUGGGCGCCAGGGCCGCCAUCCCCGGGGUUUGACCUGACGUAUGUUUUUUCUUUAUCGCGUGUCUUGUACGCGUGUUUCUCUGGGGAUGGGGUCCCUUCCACCUUUUAGGUAUACGGGUACCUGUUAUUGUUAGUUUCAUUUUUGCGAGGCAGCUCCCUAUUCUUGACGUUACAUGACGUUCUUGCUUUUUCGUGCCCAGUCCCUGGCCGAGUUAUAUUGGGGGAAACAGUACUGAAUCCAUGUCAAUAGGUCGGAUGUAAAGAUUUUUCGGAAAUUGUCGUCAGCUCGAGCAUUCGACGACUCUUUGUUUUUUUCGAUUUUGAUUCGAUUUGAUUUAUUUUGUGUUGCGCUCGCAUGAUUCUUCUCAGGAUUUAAUACAGUUUAAUACGAGCUUAUUUACAUGCAGUAUGUUGGAUUUUCAUAAUGCAAACGAUCGACAAUAUUUUGAAUAAUUCCGGUAAGGAUAGUUCUUUCUGGUGAUAUACAUGAAGGCAUUUAUAUUUCAGUAGUACUAGAUUUGCUGUUUAGUGUUCGAUAUAGAGGUAUUGAAACCAAUAUGAUUUCAUGAAUUUGCAGUUCUAAUAGCCCACUGAUCGUCUUUUAUAUUUAUACAAGGAGUCAAAAUGUACUUUUAGUGAAAAAUAUAUCUCUAAGAUAUGUCCAUUGCCAUUGGUCAUAUAUUCACCUGCUCAGAAUUUCUUUCUACAAUCUUAAUCAUUACAAAUGAAUGGUCAUCUGAAGCUGACAAAAAUGUCAACAAAUAGAUUUUGUCUUAUCAGCAUAUUGUUCAGUUGUUCUAGUUGUUCUGCAAUAGGGGUAGCCCCGAAGGUGCCAUUAAAACAAUAAUCGCGUCGUAUCAUGCGCGAUUUAAUUUCGCGCAAACUUGUUCAUAUUCGAGCAGCUUUAAAUUCUGGCAAAAAGUUUUCCGUGUUCGUUCUUUUUGGUUUGUUUAAUAGAACUAUUAACAAUUAACGUAUUUAUAAUGAGUAUUUGUUAUCAAAACUUUCAAAAAACGAUUAGGUGGCCUCAAAAAUGGUUUCAAAAUUAUGUAAUAAAACUAAAACAUUAUAUGGUUCUCAUUUCCUAAUACAAUAACAAUAAUCUUUUAUUAGCAUUCUCAUAUAUUAUAAGUUCAUAAAUGGUAUAAAACUACUGCAUCCUGAACAGGCGUUUAAGCAAUCUCGUACCCAGAGUAUGCCCGUUUGCAAGUUAGGUCAUGCCCAGCACCUAACCAGGCUAACCUGUGAACGGGCAUACUCUGGGCUGUUUACAUGAUGAAAAGUGGGAUGAUUUUGAUGUAUUGAAAUAAUUCACUAGGCUAAACGAAAGUGCAAAUGCUGGUUAACCGAACUGAACUGUUUCACAUGUUGUAGAGAAGAUCAUGUAGUUCAAGAAGAUUUUUAUAGCUUUUUGAACAACCUUUCGUUUACAGUUAACUGUAAUCCAUCUCUAGAAAAUAAAGUUUUUCACGAAAUCAAUCGCGCCUUAUGUCCCGUCCUGGCAAAGCGGUUUAAGCGGGAUCAUAUAAACAGCCCCUUAUUCAGCAAAUUGCGUAUGCUCCCUUGCCUUUGAUCCCGUGGGGGUGAGGCAGCACAUUCUUUGCGAUAGUGACUUCUAGUUUAUUUCACGCUCGUAAAUUUUAUUUGCUUUUCGAUAGCUAUGCUGCUGUUUUUCCGACUAGCCCCGAUGCUAUUGUCUCAUUUGCUUGUUAUUAGUUGACUGCAUCUAAGGACGUAAAGCCUCAUUAAUCUCAUGAACGCGACGAAAAACCCACAAAAUCACUUGAUCGAUUUCCUGGUCAGCUUCCCGGAAAAGUUUGAAAUCUAGAGUUUUCAUUGAAUUUGAACGAAUCUAAAAUUACAUUAUGAAAAACAUUGAGUGGGCGGCCGCCUCCACCCACCCCCCUCCCUCCUCUUCAAAUUUGUCUAUGUAUAUCAGCUUCACUUAUAUGUAUUAAACUGUCUUAUAACUUACGUUCAGAGUAAUUUAUGCUGUUGAUACGUACAUUUUAUAUAUUUCAUGUAGUUUAUACUGUAGAUCGUUCAAGCUAACUGGUCAAAACUAUUUGGCUUGUUUUACUAUUAGAUCGGAAUAAUUCCUCGCCCCCCCCCCCUCCGGCCCCCAAAAGUGGAAAAAUGGAUAAAAGGAUAAAUGGUUGGUUAAAUGGAUAAAAGGAUAGGAUAAAACUUUAUUUGACUACGCUGGCCACUUCAACCGGAGCUGCUUUCCAAGUGGGGCGUAGGUAAAUGUUACAAAAAUAUAUAAAAUACAAAAUCACUAAGAAUAUUAAGAACUACGAAUACAAAUACAUAUUACAAAACAAAUGGUAUACAAAAGUCAAAUAGCUAAUUCGUCAGACUAACAGAGGAAAUAUUUCUAUUGAAAGAAUUUAAAGAUUCGCUGUUUCUUACUUGUUCAGGAAUGCUAUUCCAGAUUUUAACCCCACUAUAUCGAAAACAUUUUCUGCCAUACUCUGUAUUUGGUCGUGGCAGAAAGAGAGACGCAUUUGAACCUCGUAAAUUAUAACUGUGGAUAUGGUUAGAAUUCUGGAACAUUGAUGAGAACCUCGAUGGUGCCAAAUUAUUGACAACCUUAAACAUGAGACGGGCCAUAAUAUGUUUUCGCCUUUCUUCCAAGCUUAUUCACCCUAAUUGAUCGAGGGCCAGUUGAGAUUGCCCAGGCUCAUCUUUAAAGUUCAUUAUGAUUCUAGCACAUCUGUUGUGAAGUUUUUGUAGUCGUUCAGACUGGCCUCUAUUAAUGGAAUUCCAAACUUCACAACAGUAGUCGAAAUGGGGUUGGACAAGAUCUAGACCAUAAUAAACCGACUUCAAAAUAUCAGAAUUAGUGAAAUCCUUUAUCGUUUUCAUGGCACUUAUUCCAGAAGAUAUUUUUUUUGAAAUUUGGUCAAUAUGACUGUCCCAAGUUAAAAAUUGAUCAAUUUUGACUCCAAGAGUUUUUGUAACUUGAACUCCUUUAAUUGGUUCAUCUCCAAUAAAAACACACGGUUCUUCUAACGUGUUAAUAUUGUGGCGUGAUCCAAUCAAAAGAUAUUCCGUUUUGACAAGGUUAAGAGAGAGCCUGUUCGAUAGAAGCCAUUCUCUGAUAUUAUUGAGAUCAGCAUUAACGGCCACCUCAGCUUCCUUAAUUGAUUUACCGGACACUGUAAUGUUAGUAUCGUCGGCGAACAUGCGUGCUGUAGAGUGUUGUAAACAAUUCGGCAAAUCGUUGAUAUAAAUUAAAAACAGAAGUGGACCCAAAAUUGAACCCUGAGGAACUCCAUAUUUUAGAUAUUUUGAUGUGGAAAGUUCCCCAUUUACUUGACAUUUCUGAGAUCGAUCUGCAUGAUAAGUAAGAUUUGAGAAGCAUAAGAGGCGUGUUCUUAAUACCAUAUAACUCUAGUUUAGCCAGUAAAAUGUCGUGGUUUACCGUGUCCAAUGCUUUUUUAAAUCGAGAAAAACGGCAAGAUUAUAUAAACCACGAUCCAUAUUAACAUACCACUCAUCAGUACAAUCUAGCAAUGCAGCGGACGUGGAAUGAAAGCGCCUGAACCCAAACUGCUGUUCAGACAAUAAAUUAUUGGUCGUAAAAUAUUCGUAUAACUGCUCAUACAAGAUCUUUUCAAACAUUUUGCUAAUAACCGGCAAAAUUGAUAUUGGCCUAUAAUUGUCUAAAACGGAGCGUGAACCCUUCUUAUGAAGCGGUACAACUCUAGCAAUUUUCCAUUCAGACGGGAAAAUUCCCAUCCCAAUAGCAGAGUUAAACAGAUUGGUCAAAUUCCCGAUCUAGAAGCACUACAUAACUUUGUUAGCAGUAAAAUUCCUGAUGGUAUCCUUACCAUGCCACCAUUAACGUGCGAGGAAGUUUUUCAAUCCCUCAAUGAACUAGAUCCCCAUAAAGCAACUGGUUUGGAUGGUUUGUUUCCACAAACAAAAACAAUUAGAUUGGUAAAAGAUGGUGUGAUUACAGAAGCAGAUUUUUUUAGAAUUUUAGCCGGUAUUUUGUCACAUCCAGUAGAUUUAGAAAUAGACAAAUUGUUAAGUAGCCUAAAAACCUGUGAUUCGUUAACAGGAUGCAAAGUAAAUUCCGAAGUAUUUAGAUUAUCACUCGUAUGCCUGCCAAAAUUUAAAUUCUGAGUGUGUUCAGAGCCUGCAGGGGUCUCCAAUUUUACCACCAAUACUUGUAAAAUAGUCAUUAAGACAUUUAGCCAUUCUCAUAGGAGAAGUAAUUGUAUCAUUUCCUAGCUUUAGUUCGUUAAUCAUUGUGUCCUUUUUUCUCCCAAGGAUGUCAUUAAUCGUCCUCCAAGCUUGUUUAGGAUUGUUUUGAUGUUUGUCAAAUUUGCUUUUGUAGUAAACUUUCUUAGCUUCACGCAUUGCAAUGUUGACAUUAUUCCUAUAAUGUUUAUACUGGCUCCAGUCUUCACUUAAAUCCGACAAAAUUGCUUGUCUUUUCAAACGGUCCCUUUCAAACAUUUUGUUUCUGAUAUUCCUAGUAAUCCAUGCCACAGAUGUUUUAUUUCUUACCCGUCUUUCCCUAACCGGGGCACGUUUAUCAAGAACAGUUAUAAAAAGAUUUUUCCAACAUGCCCAUUUAUUAUCAAUAUCGGUUUCUCUGUCAACUAAAUACCACGGUAAGUUUAUAAGGUCGACUUUGAAAUUCUCAACAUUGAAUUGCUUGAAGCUUCGAAACUAGCGUGAGGUUUAAGAUAUGAAUUAAUUUUUCUUACUACAUAAAUUAAAUUAUGAUCACUCACUCCCAUAUGAAUUACAUCAUGAAAUGCAAUUCGCUUAGGACAGGAGGUAAUACAAACGUCUAGUAACGUAGAAGACGAUUCAGUAAUCCUUGUAGGCUUAUCGAUUACUUGUGUAAGUUGAUAAAGUUGCAUGAUAGAAUGUAAGUGUUUAGCAGAAGAGUUGGACUGGUCUAACAGAUUACACUUUAGAUCUCCUAAUAAGUAAAUUUCGUUAUUCUCGUUAUCGACAUUCUUAAGCAAAGAUUCAAUUUGUGAGAAGAUUCGACGGUUGCUGACGGCGGACGAUAAAUAGUAGAAACGAUAAAGGAACGAGAGUUGGGCCGGUUAAUUUCCAAACAUACGGACUCUAAAUUUUCCGGCACUAAAUCACCACGAUUUAAAUAUGAUAUCGUCCGCCUAAUGUAAAAACAGACACCGCCACCGUGUUUGUCCCUAUAUCCAUGCGAACUAUGUCAUAUCCGUCAAUAUUAACAAAUUCACUUGGAAUAUCAGGGUGAAGUCUUGUUUCAUUGAGUGCCAGAAUAUCAACAGUCUGAUUUUCUAACAAUAAGCGAAUUUCAUCAAUGUGUUUCAACAAACUGACAAUAUUCAGUAAUGCCAUCUUGAAACCCCUAAAGGCGGAUUUCCAUUCAGUGGAAAAAGUCGCGCGAUCGACUUUUUGCGAUCACUUUCUUUUCAAAUGCGUGCAGUCAACCUCAUCCGUUGCGCUUCAUUGCUUGUAUUUCAAAAGAAAGUGGUCGCAAAAAGUCGAUCGCGCGACUUUUUCCACUGAAUGGAAAUCCCCCUUAAGAUAUGGUAACCUAUUCGAAUACAAAAUUUCCUCCGAGUUAGUCUGACGGAUGUCGCGUCAAUUUAAAAAAUCCAUAUAGUUUCUUUGCAUUAUCGUGCUACCUCUGCGGUUCAAGUGCAAACCUCCACGAUUUAAACAAUCUAAAUCUAUGUUAGUAUGAUUAAGAAAGUCAACAUUAUUAUCUGAGCAGAAUGAAUUAAGUAGAUUGUUUGUUUGAUUAACUUUUGUUUGAAUUAGAUGACCAUCUUUUCUGAUGGUAAGAGCCGAGAUGGCUACUUUGAUAUGUGCAGAUUUUUUUCGCACUUGACUAACUAAUUUCACAAUACCUUCUACCAACUGGUCGGGAGAUUUCUCUGACUUAAUGUCGUUUGUACCAACGUGGAGAAUUAUUUGAUGUGGGUUGCGACGAAGCAAUGGUUUCAAAUAGUCUUGCAUAUCAUUGACUUUGCUUCCUGAGAAAGAUUUUACGGCAACAGUUCUGUCGGUAUUUGACAUCUCCCAGCCAUGCACAUUCUGAACAAUAGAGUCCCCGGCAAUAAAGACUAAUUUCUUUUUGCCAUCUUUUGCAUUGUGCUGAGUUGCUUUUAUGCUUAGUUGACUUGUUACCAGGUUUGCUAUUUGAGGACUCAUUGUCUGCGAUCGAUCGUUGGGAUUCUCGUUGCGAAGUAGCUAUAGAGCUGGGGUCAUCGACUUUGCUUCUACCGUCGUCAUAAUCAUAAAUGUUGGUUUCAUUGCCGCCCGUAUCACUCAGGACAUCAAACGCGUUUCUCGUAACAACUUCACUAUCUUGACUGCGAGUAGACAAAUGCUGAUCUUUAUUCAUGCUUCUGCAGUGCGUUUUCCAGGUCCCAUGAGAAUUUUGAUCGUGGGUACUUUGGUCUAGAUUCACCAACUUAAGGACUGUGACUAAAGACUGUUUUUCAUUUUCAGAUUCUUUAAGUUUGGUGUUUAAAUCGGAUACUAUGAAGGACAAGUUAGCGACAUUUUGCAGCAGGGAUUUGUUUUCAUCCUUUAAUGCUCGAUUUUCGUGGAGGAGCGACUCGUUAGCAUACGCCUUCCAUUUAUCUUGUAUACUAGAUACUUCUUGCGUUAACGCACUGAUUUUGAUGUUAAAGUACAGUUCCAAAUCCUUUAUUUUCUCUACAAGUUCACUGCAGAUUAAACUAUGAUUUGGUUGCGUUGAUAAGUCAAUUACUUGAGAGCUUGAAUUGAGUUUACGAUUUUUCAAUAAUGAUUGACCUUUCGGCUUCAUUAUGUAAUAUGCCAAUGUCGAGGUUGUUUUUGUCGAUCAACGAUAUAGCAUCAUCUUCGUCAGACUCUGUCCUAGCAAUUGCUCGCAAUUUGUCCUUCAGCUGUUCACAAUCAAUUCCUUUAAUAGUAAGCGAGGACGUAUUCGCAUACCAUCUAAUUUUGACCGCUUCGUUCUCGAAAAGCUUUGAGUUGCCUCCUGGCGACGACCACUUUGUCUGGGUUUGUAGUUGCUCGUUGAUAAAUUCUUGAAGAUCCUCAAAUUUACUACGCCACUAAAAUUACCCUUCGUUGAGAUCGAAAGAGAUUGUAUUGCAUCGCUUUCAGUCGCCAUUAAUGGUUAUAGCUAUAAUGCACAUGAAAUUUUAUACGGAGCACAAAAUACACGUCUGCUCUCUCUCUCUCAGUAUAGAUAAACUGAGAAUUAAAAUAAACUGAAAAUAAUUGGAAGUGUCGUAGAUGUUUUGUCCAGGAUUGUAGCUCGUGAAUAUCAGUCAUCCGUACGUACAAUACAUACAGUGGAACACAAGACCCAAGAGAAACAUAAAAUAUAAACAUGAAAUAAAACCCUCCUGCAUGGCAGAGGAAAUUAUAUGCAAUAUUAUUGUUUUUUUAUAUGUAUGUUUUAGACGAGUGUUUUUCUGGCCACCAAGCAGUUCAUCCUCCUAGUAUUAAAUGCCUUACUAAAAUUGCCAAGGAUUUGAAAUUUGACAUGAGUGUUGAAGAACUGAAGGAAUAUCAAGGUGCGUUUAAAGCUAUUGCUUGUUUUGCUUAUUAAAACAAUCCGAAAGAUUCCAUGCAGGCAAAAAAGGUAUUUCCCGAUGGAGUUAAGCGACGUGUUCCACCACUGCAUUUUAGCGGGUUUUCUAUAUUCUACUGUGUUAGAAGUUAGAAGAAGAUAAAACCCGAAAUUAGUGAAAAUCAGACACGGGAAUUCAUUCAUCAUACAUUGCUUUUUUAAUCUAAAACCAAACGGCUUGUGGGGGUAGCAACCGUAACUAUGGAGUGUCGAAACAAUCGGGGUCAUCCUAAUUAGGCCUCUCAUUCUCCAAAAUGCGUAGUUCUAAAUGUAAAAUGGGCAGUUCUAAAUCUUAAAAUGGGCAGUUCUGAAAUUGAAUUUUCGAGAUUUAUAUGAAAAUUAGUUAUAAAUUAUCUGAUUAUAAAAUAUCUGUAUGAGCAUACAGACAUUUAUAAUUAAGGCAAAAACAAAUCCAAAUAUCACUCUGAAAAUGCAGGAAGUGGCCAUUCUGGAGUUCUAAAGAGGAGCUAAUUUGGGGGAGGAACUUCGGGGGAGCAUGUCCCAGGACCUCUUAGCUAUUUAGGUAUCCAAUACGCCAUGACCUCGUCUCUCGUUACUGCAUGCCAUGCAUCCAGUUAGCCUGUGUUUACUACCUCACAGUCUGUUCUUGUCGAAAUGGGUAGUCUAUAAAUUUUUCUUCGGAUAACCCCUGGAAAAAAUCAAUUGACAAGAAUACUUAUAUUUAUUUGUACGUGCUGAUUGUGUAGCACAUGCAAUUUUAACAAUAUUAAAUUAAAAUAUUAAAAGCUAGUAAAACUUUCGAACAAUUAUUUUGGUUAAGUUGAUUUUCAUUUUUAGGACUGAAAAAUUACCCCUUGCGAAAACACGUGCGAAGUAAUCUUCUGAAAGAAGUACUAAUGUUUAGAUUUUUACCAGAAACUCUAAAUCAUUUGAUAGAAAAUGUGAGAAUGGAAUCAUGAAACUUUGCUAAACUAUCAACAGCUAAUAAGGCCGCCUGCAUGAAGAUUAUAUUAUUUAUUAUAUAAUAAUAUUGCAUCGACAUGCAGAUUUUAUUUGACAUGCAACUUUAUUACAUUGAGAUGCAACUUUAAGGAAACCAGUACCGUAUCUUUGUCUUGAUACCGCGGUAAUAAUCCCCCAUAAAUUAACUAAACUAUUUUGCCUUGAAUUUCUUUUUAAAUACAAAGUCAAUACACUUUUGGGUAUUUUUUGCGCCAAUAAUAAAAGCUUUCUCGUUUGUUAUAUAUUACUUCAGAGGUGAUUGCAAACUAUUGUGAAACAACAUUCCAGAGAAUAUACAACUUACCAGAACCAAAGCUGCCAGUAAAGUAUGCUCGUAAAAUUGGAAAUAAGCCUGCAGCAGAAGAAAAUAGAUUUAAUGCUUGGUAAGACCUUUGUUUUUUUUUUUAAUUUGUUCUGAUCUAAAUUACGGAAUAUGGCGGGGAUUCUAAAAAUCUGAUUGUGAAACAAAAAUUAUCGAUUACACAGCCACAGUUUUCCAGGAUUCAUAUAUACAUGCUUAACUUUUUCUGCCGUUAUGACCGGAUAUUACUUUUAUUCACUUCAUUAAUGACACUUACAAUAUCUUAAAUUAAUUGCUAUACAAAAGAAUUGACGAAUUCGUCCUUCCUUUUAUGAUUUGUUGCCUUGUUAGUUCACGCACGUGUACUGUAUAUGACUAGCACCAGACUAGCACGUACACCACAAAAGUUGUCCGAAAAUGUGCAAAUUUGCUUACGUGGCAGAGUCACAUUACUCAUCGCAGUAUAAAGGUGGAUUAUUUUUGCUACAUUUUUUUUAUAUUAUGCACAAAUCUAGUGGUAUUCCUUGCAUGCAUUUUACAUUUACUGUGGACGUUCUCGCGUAUUGCAAUAGCACGUUUAUGUUGGUGCAACGAAUUUGUAAUAUUUCCCCUAGGUACUGGAAAUGUGAUAUUUCUGGUGCUCCAAAUGGUAAACUACAUGGAAAAACUAUCGCAAUGAAAGACAAUAUAUCCGUUGCUGGCAUUCCAAUGAUGAAUGGAUCACAACUUGUAGAGGGUUAUAUUCCAGAUAUUGAUGCCAGUGUUGUAACCCGGGUAUUAGAUGAAGGUGGAAGAAUACUUGGUAAAGCUGUUUGUGAAAACUUGUGUUUCAGUGGAGGAAGUUUCACGGCUGCAAAUGGACUUGUGAGAAAUCCGUGGGAUCCUUCCAGGAUGUCUGGAGGAUCAUCUUCAGGAUGUGCUGUUCUGGUAAGUUGCUCAGUUGAAAACGAUGUAGGAAGCACGAUAGUAUGCAGGAGGUAUAGUUAACGAAAGCUUGUAUUUUAAAGAAGUGUGAUUCAAAAAUGCUAUAGAGAAUAUGUUCUAUUAAAAUUGCAAGAUUAAUCAGUGAAAUAUCGUGUUUCCUUUACCAGAAUGCCUGAAAUAAUCAAUGCCUCCGACACUUUUAGUGAAUGGGAGUGAUAUUUGUGAACGAUUGAAGCGUAUUCAAAACAGUUAAUAUCAAGUAACUUAUUAAUAUUUAUUCCAGAGCAGAUCGUUUGUCUCAAUAAACAUUCCAAUACUAUAGCAGUAUGAAUGGAAAAUCUCAAUGCUCAGUGUCAAAUUAAACCCGAUCGAUAUGUUCAACAUUGUUCAUUGUUCAUGUUCAACAUUAGUUACUAGUGACUAUUACCGUAUUACGUUAUGUUUUUAUAGGGCUAUCAGUAACUGGCGCGUUGUUGAUAGCCGUAUAAACAUGGAAAUAUAGUUGCUUAUAUGGUCACAUUCCAACUACUGUAGCUAACCAGACGAUCUUUAGCUAGGUCAAGCAUAAAAAAUUCAUGUAUGGCCGCCCCUGGUCCUGCGAUAAUAAUUUUGUUCGAUAAUGUCGAUAUCUUAGCGAGUUUUAACAGGUUGCCAAUAAAGACGUGGACAUGGCUAUAGGUGGAGAUCAGGGUGGUUCGAUACGCAUGCCUGCAGCAGCGUGUGGUAUUGUGGGAUUGAAACCAACAUUUGGGUUGGUACCUUACACUGGUAUUAUAGGUAUUGAACCAACUAUCGAUCAUACUGGACCUAUGGCGCAAACUGUUUAUGAUACAGCAUUACUUUUGGAGGUACAUGAAUUUUUCUUCCGCUAUACAGGAAGAUUGAAAGGUGUUAAUUAGUAUACUUAGGGUUACUGCUUUUUCCGAAUAUUCAGUAGUAACAUUAGUAACCAUUCGAGGAAGGAUGAAUGGACAUAUACUGUAUGAAUUUGAAUAUUAAAGGCGACUGUAUACGGCAACUCGUUGUUUUGUACGUACUGGCUUGUUGAUUAGUCGAAAUAGAAGUUGAAAGUUAUCUUUGUUUCGCUAUACUUUACUAAUGAACCUCACUGGAUGGUAGCGGAUUGUGAUGCAAUGUUUUGAUUGUCGUUUCAGGCAAUAGCUGGUUACGAUGAUGGUUUAGAUCACCGUCAACCACGUGAUCUCAAGAUACCCAGCUAUACAAAAGAGGUAAAGUCCAAUCUCAACUUUCAUUAAGAUAUCAAGUUUGUUUUUUCCCUCUCUAUAUCUUGAAGAAGGCGAUCAUGGGCAAAGUCCUCAAAUUUUAACAAUCAUAGUCGAAAAUUAAACUGGUUGUCUUAUAGUCCAAGACUAUAAGACUAGAAGACACGAACCCUAUGAACGAAUAAGUCAAUCCUUCGAUUGAACCUUAAUCAUUAAAUCCUAAUCUUUAAAUCUGACGAAUCAAUCCUUUCAACCUGAGUUUGAAUAUUCGAAUCGUAAGAUAUUCAAUCCUCGGAUCUCGGUCUUUGAAUCCUAAACUUGAAUGCUUGAAUUUGAAGAUUGAAUUCUUGAAUCCUAUAUAUUAAAAGGUGAAUCUUUGAAUCAUAAGAUUGGAUCUAUUAAUCUCAGAUUGAAUAUAAUGGUAAGAAAUUAUUAAUUGAGGUCACGUUACUGCCUCCCGUCAAUCAAUCUUAUCAAGUGGUGUAGGUAUAAAAUUUUAACAAGGGAAGGCUCUCCAAGGGAGGAUUUGGAGUAUGAACCGCUUAAACUUUUGAUAAUGCUAAAUCUUACUAAAUUGGCAAAACUUGUUAUAUGUAACAAUUUUCACGGAAGUGGAGGUGAAUAUAUAGUGCAAGGAUAUUCACCAAAACGCGAAGUUAUUUCGUUAGUGUUUUGGUGUUAUGUACUCAAGUUAAUAUAAUGUUUUUGAUGUUACUCUGAGUGUAUAUCCGCACCGGGCAGGCUGAAAAGUUAGCCUGACCACAGUGGGAAUCGAACCCGCGGCGACCUUUGCAGCCUCGUACCCAGGCGCAAAUAACAUACUAAAAAUAGCAACACUACAGUGUUUUUAUAUAGAUCAAUGGCUAAGAUAAGCGAGCGCGCGGGGGUGCUUGGGGAGGACACGACGGGAUUCUGCAGCUUCGUUUCCCGUGUCCUCCCCAAGCACCCCCGCGCGCUCGCUCAUCUUAGCCACUGAUCUAUAUAAAAACAUUGUAGUGUUGCUAUUUUUAGUACGUUAUUUGCGCCUGGGUACGAGGCUGCGACCUUUGGGAAACUAGCUAGCCCAAUGCUCUACCGACUGAGCUACGAGGCCAAGUCUGUUUGAGUGUGUGGUAUUUCGGAACUGAGUCUAGUAGUACCUUCGAUACCAAUGUGUUCUAUGAUAUGAUAUUUUGUGUGUGUUUUGGUGUUAUGUACUCAGGUGAAUAUAAUGUUUUUGAUGUUACUCUGAACGUAUAUCCAUACCGGGCAGUAUCCCAAAGGUCGCGGGUUCGAUUGCCACCGUGGUCAGGCUAAUUUUUCAGCCUGCCAGUGUGGAUAUACACUCAGAGUAACAUCAAAAACAUUAUAUUCACCUGAAUACAUAACACCAAAUUAAAACACAUACAAAAUAUCAUAUUAUAGAACACAUUGGUAUCGAAGGUACUACUAGACUUAUUUCCGAAAUACCAUACACUCGAACAGACUUGGCCUCGUAGCUCAGUUGGUGGAGCAUUGGACUUUAUAACAAACGUACUUGCAGGGAGGUGAGUCCGGGAUUGGACGCACCGAGAGUGGCUGGAAGUUUCCCGAACUUACCGAGCGAAGCGAGGUGAGUUCGGGAAACUUCCAGCCACCCGAGGUGCGUCCAAUCCCGGACUCACCGAACCUGCAAGUACGUUUGGUUUUUAUCCCAUACACCGAGCCAUACACACAUUUGUAGCUCUUCGCGAUAUAUUCGUCGUCUCGUCGAUGUUUUGUGAACAUUUUCCCGGCCAAAAAAAUCACUGGGCAAGAAAAUACUUCUUUAUCUACGUCUACAUUACCUUUACUGCAUUUUUCUUUGGUUUUUCUUCAGUCUCAGUAUGUUAGUCACCGAAAAAAGUUCUUUAAAGUUUAGGUUUAUCGGCUAAAUCUUGUCCGCCAUAUUUGUUAUUGUUAUUGCAACGUAAGCAGUUUAGCGGGUGAGUUCGGGCGAAAAGCAGGUGAGCUCGGCAAAAAGCAGGUGAGCUCGACGACAAGCUCACCUGCUCUAAACCAAUCAGAAAGCCGCUUUUAACACAGGUAUGGGAUAAGUAUCCCAAAGGUCGCGGGUUCGAUUCCCACCGUGGUCAAGCUAACUUUUCAGCCUGCCCGGUGUGGAUAUACACUCAGAGUAACAUCAAAAACAUUACAAAACGCGAAGUGUUGAGAUGAAUGUCCUUGCACUAUUCACCGACACUUCACCGACACUCUCCUUGCACUAUUCACCGAGGUGAAUAAUUGUUUUGCAUAUACCAUAACAAAACAAAAAUGACCAAAAAACAACGAAAUAUUUUUAAAACAAUUUGUAUUACAGUUCCCUGUUCCCAUAAUAGUUGUAUUUCCAUUAGUUUGAAACUUUUAAUUAGUAAUUGUGUUCAUUAGAAGUAGCUUUAAAAAGAAUACAUCUUCUAAAAUAACAUGUAUAUAUAUAACGCGUGCUCUGAUUGGUCGAAACCCGUGUCUGGAUCAAGCCAUCCAAACACGGAAAUUUGAUGUGAAAGGUUUUUUAAAGUGAAAUUUUAACACGGAAAGUUGUUAUUUUAUAAAACAAUUACUUUAUGGUUUCCGUGUUUGGAUGGCCUGAUCAAAUAAUAGUUGUAAACAAAACAGUAUUUACACUCUUUUCUAAUUUUAUUCAUAAGAAAUAGCUUUAAAGAAUACCUAACUGUUAAACAAAACUUCGCGUUUAGCGAAACAGAAGCUUCGUUUAGUACAAAAAUUUGCUCGUCUGCUUAAACCGGAACAAAACGGGAACCCAUUUUGUUUUUGUCCAGAGGUGAAUAGUGGAAGGAUAUACAGAUCGAGCUGAGCAACCAAACAAAUUGCGCGAAAAGCACUACCCACCUCCCACGUAUACAGGGGCGUAACUCCUGGGGGGGUGUGGGGGGGGGUGCGACAGCCCCCAAUUGCAGUUUUGUCGGGUAAUUUUAGCAAUUUUAACGAUACGCUCGUUAAUUCGGCAAAAAAUAUGUAAUUCAGCAUAAAAUUACUGAAAUUUACGAAAAUAGUACUGAAAAAUUGUACAAAUUUCGGUAAGUUAGUGAAACAUGGUAUUUCCGAAAAUGUUUUUCUUCCACCUCCCUGAAAUAUCCGUCGGGUACGACUUUCGCCACGUCCUUUUCGUCGGGCAAAACAAGCUCACACCCCCAAGCCGUAAUACCCAAAUUAUACGGCCCUGGGAGUAUAUGCUGAUAGAGAUUAUUUCAGUCUUGAUAAAAUUUCUAAGGGGGGCUCAGCCCUGCCCCCACCACCUCGAACCCCCCCAAACUGAAAGGAAUAUUAAAAGUGGCUAAGCCCCCCACCGAACCCCCUUUCAAUUACUCCUGCUCUCAUCAUCGUUUCAUCCAGUCUUCAGUGGUCUGAAAUAAGGCGAAGUGUGGUGGUGCAUGAUAUUAAAUAAUUAUUGAGUAACAUGUAUAUUUUUAAUUUGCACUACAGUUAUCAGGGGAUAUUAAAGGUUUGCGUGUGGGAUUACUUAAAGAAGGUUUUGAUCCCAGUUUUGAAACAGAUGUGAAUGACUUGGUGAGGAAAUCAGCUGCGAGACUAAGCGAGAAAGAUGCAGUGGUUGAAGAGGUGUCAAUACCCUGGCAUUUGGAUGGUAGAUAUAUUAAUUUUUUAAUACACAAUGUAUGUAUAGCGCGUCUUUGUUUCAUACGACGUCGUAUCGUGUCGAAUUAAUUGCAUAAAUUAUGUUUAAAUCCGUUUCUGUCUUUCUGAUCCCGUGGUUUUUAUUUCUGGGUAAUCCAUGAUCGCUAUAGUCAUGAAUUUAAUUCGUCUGAAUUAAAUUCGUCGUUUCAAACGAGACGAUGUUAUAUUGUCGACAAAUUGACGAAUUUAAUAACGAAUUAAAUUAAAUUCGACGCAUGAAGCAGGCCUAAGACAUGGUCUCAUUAACGCAAACGUCCAGAACUUGUUAUUACCAACUUCGUCUGGCCAAGGGAGCACAGCAGAACGAUAUUUGGCUAUUUAUAUAAAUAUUUUUACGUAUAUUUGUCUGAUAUUCGUACCUGUUUUCAUAGACGUUCACUUCAUUUGUUCUUUUACUGAAAAUCAUUGAUAUUUGUGGAAGAGUCCUUAAUAUAUCUUUAGACACACGCGCGAAUUCAAAUGGUAUAGAAACUGCCAACUGGGGGGUCCCCCUUUGUUAUGAGCAGAACUGAUGCGCAGAACGGAGUAUAGAAAUCAUCUUUAAAAUACAAAAUAGUGUAUACAGACGAACAGAAAUGGAAAACCAAUCAAUGUAUUAAAUUUUACUGCAAAAUAGAUCCUAAUGAAUUAGAAAACAACGAUCAAACAAAGAGAACAUUUUUACUAUUUUAAAAAUAUUCUUGCUAUGACUAUAGUCCAUUUAUUCACUUGCCACGUUCGAACAUUUAAAUCGUGACAAAGGUUGUCGUUUUACAAAGCUUACUAGAAAUACAUGCAUGCAGUAACCCCUCGCCAAUAUUGCCAUACAUUAAACAUGAAGUAUUCAGAAAUGACCAGCACUGAACGCAGGCUCGCGCUCAAGUGUUGCCAUGACAACACGAUAUUCUUAAAUUUUUAUUUUCAUAUAUUUUGUACAAAACUGCAAAAUAGUUGAAAGAUUCGUACUUAAUAAUAAUAAUAAUAAUAAUAAUGGUUUAUUCACAGUAUAUCCAUUACAAACAGAAUGGCUCUUCACCUGUAAAAUUAUCUACAUUAUACUAAAUAUACAGUAAUCUAUUAUCAUACAAGAACUACAAAAGUUAAAAAAGACAAAUAAUCCAAUUGCAAUGCAAAUCGGAAUCAUUCACUGUUUUUAAAAUUUUUUUUAUACAACGACAGAAAGUUCUAUAAUUGUUAAUAUUCCUGAUUUCUGCCGGAAGCUUAUUAAAAAUGGAGGCUGCUGAGUCUUGAAAUGUUCCUGACUCCUUGGGAAUAUCCAGGACAGGUGCAGAAGAUGAUCUUAGACUAUAUGCAUUAACGCAAUGUAGCGAUAAUCUUAAAUAUUCUGGAAAAGAAUCGUCAUGUAAAGCUUUAUAUGCUAAUUUUAAAAUAUUAAAAUCCAUCCUUUUACUAAUGUUUAGCCAGUUCAAGGUGGCAAGGUCUUCCUGUCUUGCAAAUCUCCUUAACACAAAACCCGCGCAUGCAUUUUGGAGGCGUUGAAGUCGUUUUUGUUGGUAUAUUGGCAAUGGGUGGAAUACAGGACUAGCAUAGUCAAUUUUGGAAAGCACAAGGCUUUCAACCAGUGUUUUUCUCACAUGGAAAGGCGUCAAAUUCUUCAGCUUUUUCAACACUGCUAGUAUUCCAUAACAAGAAGUUAGCAAAUAGUCGAAAAUUUCCGAAAUACAUACUGUAGGUAUAUUAUUUUGCAUUUUGUGAGCUUUGAUUUAAUGUAAAAUUUAACUUGAAACGCUUCGUAAAA